AUGAAUGGUGAAAAUGCAGGUUUGUUAGCAUUGACUCGUGUCGGCAGCCGAAGGGUUGUCCAAAUAUCAGCUGGAUUCAUGAUCUUCUUUUCCAUCCUUGGAAAAUUCGGAGCCGUCUUCGCUUCAAUCCCAGCACCAAUCAUUGGAGCUUUAUACUGCCUGUUCUUUGCUUAUGUGGGUUCAGCAGGCCUCAGUUUUCUUCAGUUUUGCAAUUUAAACAGCUUCAGAACAAAGUUCGUAUUAGGCUUCUCAGUUUUCAUGGGCUUAUCAAUACCUCAAUACUUCAAUGAGUACACAGUUGUCAACGGCUAUGGUCCUGUCCACACAAGAGCAAGAUGGUUCAACGAUAUGAUCAAUGUACCCUUCUCAUCGGAACCAUUUGUUGCUGGUUUAUUGGCUCUGUUCUUGGACUUCACACUGCACCAGAAAGACAGCCAAACCAGGAGAGACAGAGGCAUGCAUUGGUGGGAUAGGUUCCGGUCUUUCAAGACCGACACAAGAAGCGAGGAAUUCUAUUCUCUGCCCUUUAACCUGAACAAGUUUUUCCCUUCUGUUUGAUCUCUGGGAAAUGUAGCUUUGAAGUUGUGUGACCAAGUUAUGUCCUACUCCUAUGUAUCUUGUUGUGGGCAUCACAUUCUGUAACAAGGAUUGCAUUUCUUCUUCCUUAAUCGUUAAAUUGUUAUAACGCUGUAAAUCAACUUAGUAGUAUGAAUAUCUUUUUCUUCGCA